AUGAACGACUUAUUCUCAAGUUCUUUUAAGAAGAACCAGGCUCAGUUGGGAGAUGUCGAGGCAGGUCAAGAAACGAUGAAUCUCGACAAAUUCUUCGAAGAUGUCGAGAACGUAAAGGACGACAUGAAAGGAGUCGAGAGUCUUUACAAGAAGCUUCAAGACUCAAACGAAGAAUGCCACACGGUCCACAAUGCCAAGAAGGUGAAGGAGCUACGAGCUAAGAUGGAUGGAGACGUAGGUCAAGUCCUUAAGAGAGUCAAAAUGAUCAAGCAGAAGCUCGAAGCUUUAGAGAAAGCGAAUGCUAAUAGCCGUAAUGUCCCGGGUUGUGGACCCGGCUCGUCUACGGAUAGGACACGGUCGUCUGUGGUUAGUGGUCUCGGGAAGAAACUCAAGGACUUGAUGGACAGUUUCCAAGGUUUACGUGCUCGUAUGAACAAUGAGUAUAAGGAAACCGUGGAGCGCAGGUAUUUCACAAUAACAGGAGAAAAAGCGGAUGAGCAAACAAUCGACAACUUGAUUGCGAGCGGUGAGAGCGAGAAUUUUCUCCAGAAGGCGAUUCAAGAGCAAGGAAGAGGUCAGAUCAUGGACACGAUAUCUGAGAUCCAAGAAAGACACGACGCGGUGAAGGAGAUUGAGAAGAAUCUACUCGAGUUGCACCAAGUUUUCUUGGACAUGGCAGCCCUAGUGGAAGCGCAAGGGCAACAAUUGAACAACAUAGAGAGCCAUGUGGCGAAAGCAAGCUCGUUUGUGAGAAGAGGGACGGAUCAGCUCCAAGACGCAAGGGAGUACCAAAAGAGCUCGAGGAAAUGGACUUGUUACGCCAUCAUUCUCUUCCUCAUCAUCUUUGCCCUCCUUCUUAUUCCCGCUCUUCCCCAUAUUCUGCUCAUGUUGAAGUAA